AUGAAUCUUGCACGACCUUCUGGACCUUUUAAUAAUAAUUUUGCUGAUAUAAAUCUCGUACGAUUUUUUGGACCUUCUAAUAAUGAUUCUGGCGAUGUGAAUCUUGCACGACCUUCUGUCAAUACAAGACAUAAUUUCGGCGAUAUGAACCUUGCCCGACCUUCUGGACCUAAUGAUAAUUUUGAUGACAUGAAUCUUGCACGACCUUCUGGACCUUUUAAUAAUAAUUUUGGCGAUAUAAAUCUCGUAUGA